AUGGACUCCUUUCGGUUGACACAUUUAUAUCAAUUCCUGUCAUUUGGGUGGCCUCCACAUAUUGCGUGGCCAACUCUGAGGCACGCGAGGACCAUCAGGAGGGUUCCCGAACAAAUCGUCGCCGUUGGCUGGGCUUUGACUGUUGUAGGCGGCUUAUUUUCACAAAUGAGGGAACACUCUGAACUCGUGGCGAUAUUCUACAUCGCUGUUACAGGAUACAUGGUGAUAUAUGCAGUGCUAUACAAUAAAUAUGCAGCAUAUCUGCAGCCUGUUCGGAAGGAGAGGGUCAAGCUCCUCCGGAAGGAGAAAUUUAUAACCGACCUGCUCUCAGCAGCACACCAUCAGCCUGCUGAUCCAAGCACUGCAGCUAACCUUGAUUCUCAAAUUCAGGAAAGGGAAGAUGUAUACUGUGAGACGAUAACGCAACUCGAGAGCCACUAUCAGUCAGCUGUACGCUACGUCAAGGGCACUGAGGUCAUGCUGAAGCGUAUGAAGGACGAGCUUUUCAAGUACAAAUCCGAGAACGCCAGGUUGAAACACGAGAAUUUCCAGUUUCAGGAAUUACCUCCUGCGUCCCUUCACUCGUCGAUCCCCCAGCCCAUUAAUGCUUGA